AUGACAUCUCUAAGACGAGACUUUACCGGAGAAAUAAAGCGGUUUUUACUAGAUGGGAUAACUAAAGCCGCGGAAGCUGAAGACAGAAUACAUCAAACAUUUAAACUGUAUGCCUUACUUCAAGGAUUGUCAAGAUAUACCAUUACUGAAGAGGAAUGGGAUGAGAUUAUUCCUAUCAUUCCACGUUUAAAAACUAUACUGGCGCACGAGGACCCCCAAGAACAAGAACAAGCAACGGAGUUGUUGAAGCGGUUGAGUAUAAAUAAAGAUGCGAGUGAGCAAAUUAUUACUGACGACACUUUCAAUGACAUUUUAAAUAGACUAAUGUGCAGUAAUAAUAAGGACCUUUCGCAAAAUGCAAAAUCAGUAUUUUGGAGAACUGGAAGGGUGACGGGAAUUUUGCCAUCAAAAACAGAUAGUAUAUUUUCUGACGACUUACCUAAACAUUUCGAAAUAAGAUCAACAAUGAUAGGCAAGGGUGCCUUCGGCAGAGUCUUUAAGGUAGUUGACAUGGAUAAUCCAGAUGAAGAAAAGUUUGUUGCAAAGAAAAUAGAACCGACUUCAACAGAAACACUGGAGAUAUGUAUAAAGGAGACAAAAUUUCUUUUAAAAGCAAAACAUGAAAGAAUUGUUCAGUUUCACGGUUUUCAAAAAACAAAGGAUGCAUUCUAUAUAUUCUUAGAAUAUUUGAAAAACGGCACUCUGGAAGCGUAUAUUUCCAGAAGAGGAAAUUUAAGCGAAGAAGUGACUCGGCACUUUACUGUUCAAAUUCUGGAAGGGGUUGAUUAUUUACAUAACAACAACAUUCUUCACAGAGAUAUUAAAGGGUGCAAUAUCCUUAUGGCAGAUGAUAUGAACAUCAAGCUAACUGACUUUGGCAUAUCAGAAUUUAUCGACGGGAAAGGACUACCCACAGAACAAGGAACAGUUAGAUACAUGGCUCCAGAAGUUGUUUUUACUGAGGGCAACGUUAUAAAAUACUACACCAGCAGAUCUGAUAUAUGGAGUGUCGGCUGCACUGUUAUAGAAAUGUUGACAGGAAAACCACCCAACUCUUCAGUCCCUACCCCACUGGCUAUUUUUAGAACUGCAACUAAAGAACCGCUACAUUACCAGCUUCCCCCAUCAUCAUCAGUUUACUUACAAGAAUUUUUAAACAAAGUUUUACACAGAGAACCCAAAGAAAGACCAACAGCUGACUGGCUGCUAAAAAACGAACCGUUCAUCAUUACAGUCUACAGAAGCGCUGAUGAUUAG